GGCAUUUUUUCCACAAUCAAUAUAUAAGUCAUUGACCGGCAGGGUGCUGGAUUUUUGAUAGUUAUUGUUAUCAGUGAUGAUUAAACAAAUUUUAGUCUUUUGACAAACCAUCCUGGAUUUCUACAGGAGACUUGCUUAAUUUAUUCAUACUAUCGAUUGCUCAAUGCUGAUGAACAGCAAAUCAGUGCUCCUGAUUUUAAUUCUCAUCAAUGUUUCAUGAAACAUUUUAACCUCUUGAAGUGUUUGGAAGUUUUUUUUUUUAAAUUUAAAUUCAGUGUCGUUUGAAAAACGGAAAUUACGGUUAAUAAUUAACACUUAUUAAUUAAUAUUUGGUACUUAAUUAUUUAAUUGAAAAAAAUAAUUAUAAUUAUUUUAGUUUUUCAGUAGUUUAAAUUUUUUUUUAAAAUUUCUUUGUUUCGUGCGUAACGCGUGAUUUUUAAGUUUCGUGAAGUUUGUUUGGUAUUUAGAAAUUUUUCAUUUUUAAAUCGUGAAAUAUGUCAAUUCAACCAAAAUCAUUUUUACCACAAAUCAUUGAAGUCGAUGAGCCUCCUGUGAGGCAGUCAAAUUUUCCAGUAGCAUUUUUUUCUCCGAUUACAAAUAUUGUGCGUGCUUUGAAUAAUUCUACAUUGUCAUCGGAUGAUUCUCCAAAAAGUCAACAGAAACGUCAUGGAAAGAGUGCGGAAAAAUUGAAGGAAUUGGUGAAGAAGAAAUACACAGACGCAAAGGAGUUAUCGAGCAGCAAAGACUUAUUCAAAAAUGCUUUCAAAAUUAAAAAUUCUCCACUUGCUGAAAGCCCACUAAAAUCUAGUGUGAAAUCACGCCGUCUUUUGGGAAUGGCGUCACGUCCUCGUCGUUUAUCGACUAGUCCGGAAACUGAGUUACCAACAUUGGAUAAAGAAAAUGGUAGCGCCAUCUCGAGUCUUUUAAAUGACAACUCAAGUCCUCAGAAGCUAAGCGGAAAUAAACUGGCGAAAUCACGUUGCCCACUUGAGGAUUGCGAUCCAAAUAGUCAGGACAGUGGUUAUGGAUGUACCGAACGAGAUGAAAAAUCAAGCGAUGGAUUUCAAUUUGUCGAACCAUUGGGCGUUGCACCACGUCGUAUGUCAAUUGAAUGCCGUAGUCCAAUGCAAUCACCAUUGCGUUCAUCACCAAAUAGAAAACGUGUCUCAAGGCCAUCGCUAUUUAGAAGUCUCUCAUCAGGCUACGAGAGUACCGACGAUGGAUUCAACGAUCUCAUUGAUAUUGAGGCACUCGACGAUGCCACACAAUUGCCAAAUAAUAUUUCGAAUCUCCUCUCGGGACAUAUUGUCGUUGCCGAAAGAUCCAUGGAUACAAGUCAAUCGACAACACCCGAAUUUCCCCGUACUAAAUCAUCAAAAUCAUUACGACGAUCACUCUCAUUUCAAAAUGAGAGGCACGAAAAAAAUUCAACACCAACAUUCUCCAAGGUACGUUCCUGUUUAUUUCGUUCACCAAACGCAAGUUCAUCAGCAUCGAAACUCUCCUUUGAAGAAUCACGUCGUGAUUGUUUCUCAUCGCCUGAAUCGCCAAAUAUUCUUGAACCAAGAUCAUUUAAGAGACCACAACCACCAAUUGAUACGAGUCCAGUGUUAAUUAAACGUUCUCGUAAAUCAACAAGUUAUCAAGAUUUAGCCGAUUCACCAAUUUCGAAACCAUGUCUACAGAGGAGUUUCUCCGAAACUGAAGCACACAUUAAAUCGGCAAUUCAUCGCAGUAUCAAUGAUGCCGAUCUCACUGGUGAUUUUAGUAAAUCAUGCAUUCUACCACUCGCCACUGGUAAUCACGAGGAUCUUAAAUCAAUAACCUGUCAAACUUUAGUCGAUCUAAUGAAUGGCGAAUUUAAUUCAACAAUUAAUGAUUUUAAAAUUGUCGAUUGUCGCUAUCCUUAUGAAUAUGAAGCCGGUCAUAUUGAAGGAUCAUUAAAUUUAUAUACACGUGAACUUAUUGAACAAUUUCUUCUUGAGCCAUUGAAACAUAAACCCGAAAUUCAACCCGAUUCGAAUAAACGCAAUAUUCUUGUGUUUCAUUGUGAAUUUUCAUGGGAACGUGGACCAAAUCUUUCUCGUUAUUUGAGAAAUCUUGAUCGUCAACGUAAUAAGGAACACUAUCCUGCACUACAUUAUCCUGAACUUUAUCUUCUUCAUGGUGGUUAUGAGAAAUUUUAUCGUGAACGUCAAAAUCUUUGUACACCACAAGGUUAUCGUACAAUGAGAGAUCCAAAUCAUGAAGCUGAUCUUCGUCAAUUUCGCAGCAAGAGCAAAAGUUGGCAAGGUGAAAAAUCAAGAAUCAAUGGAUCAACAGCCAGGGCUAAUUUAAAACGUCUUGGUUUGUGAAUCAAUCAAUCAAUUUUUUUUUCUCUACUUGAGAUAAAUUAUAAAAUCUUAAUUGUGAAACUGGAGAAAAUCAUGUAUUUUGUAGCUUUAUAAUGAAACUUUAAAAUAUCCCGGUUUUAACAAACUCGAGUUUCACAAUACACACACAUAUAUACAUACAUAUAUAUAUAUAUUUAUAUUUGUAAAAAAAAAAAAAAUUAUCACUGCCACGCGGAUCAAUGUUUAAAGUUCCAAGCUUCAAUAAGAGAGAAUUUCGGAUUCCUCUCCAAGGGAAGAGUCCUCCGCGUUGUUUUGUUUUUGUAAAUAGUCACCGACUUGAGGCGCAUGAUUUUCAAAAAUUUACCAAAAAAUUUUUUUUUUCAGUAUUCUUUUAGGCGAAAUAAAAAUGUAAAUUGUUUUCUUUUCGAAAUUUUCUGCCUAAAUGAAUUUUUUUCAAUAGUGAAAUUUUUGAAAAAAAAAAAAAAAUUCAUGCGUCUCAAAUUCAAAUUAUGAUUUAGUUUUAAAACAAUGUUCUAGUACAAGGAAAUGUAAAAGCGCUUAUUAUCUUAUUAGAGAAAGAUAUUUGCCGGUGUCGUCGCCUUUAAAAUUUAAUAGUAUUAUAUAUAUUUUUUUUUUUUUUUUGAAAAUUUAGAGAAAAAAAAAAAACAGGAGAAAGGGGAAUGAUGAAAAUGCAAUAAUAAAUCUGAAAGAAAAAAUCGAAAAAAGUAGUCUUCUAUUUUGAAAAAAAGUAUUUUUCAUUUAGAAUUUGUUUCCUUUGUGAGGAAAAUGUUUUUUUUUAUUUAUUUCGAAAUUGCAUUUCGAUGCAGUGUUAAAAUUUUAUUUUUUUUUUAUUUAAUUAUCUACUACUUUUUUUUUUCUAUUCGAUUUUUUCUUAUUCAGAAAUAAGACUAGAACUGAAUGAAUUUUUGUUUUCGCAGAUAUUAUAAUGCUUCUUUGAUGAUUUUGGGCGGGCAUCCCAUGUGUACAGACGCGAUGCAAAAAAAAUUUUAUUCAGUUCUAAAAAUAUGAAAAAAAAAAAUCCACUCGCGGAUUUUAUCUUCGCAAGCCGUGAGUGGUUUGGGUUUCGGUGCAAAAUUUGAUAGCGAAAGAAUUUAGUCAGUAUUUACUUCCUUACGUUCGAGGUACAAUUCAGUUUGGACGUUUUUUUUUCACAUGUAAUUUAAUUUAUUAAUUCGCCAUCAAUUUUUCCGCAAAAGAAAAAUUUCUGUUUCCUUGAGCAUUGUGAACAAAAAAAAAACAUUAUUGGAAAAUUGUUUAUUUAAAAGUUUUUUUUAAAAAUUGUGUUAGAAAAAAAAACUUUUUCUUUCUUUGUAAUGAGAAAGCUCAUUUUGCAUUUAAACAUUUAGAUUUGACAAUAAGAGAAAAAACAUUUUUCAUUUAGAAAAUGAGGCAAAUUAUUUAUAGAAAAGAAAAAAAGAAAAUUAUGCAAAAAAUGAAAUAAACCGAAUUGAAUUUGUCAUGAACGUUUGGCGAUGAGCCAAAGUUUUUUUAGAAGUAUAGAAAUAAUGAAAAUGAAAAAAAACAAAUACUGCGGAAAUAAAAAUGUAAUGGCCGCUAAAUGCAAUUUUUGUUAAGCAGGAUGUCAGAUUUGACGCAUUUUCUUUUAGUAUAUGCGUAACCAUUUGUUACUAUUUUGUCGUUUUGUAAUUAAUAAAAAUACAAUAUCAAAAUAUAAA